AUAAAUUAUACUGUUCUGAAGGAAGAAGAUAUUCGCAGGCAUCAGAAGGAUGAUAUUGGACGAGUUUCCAUGGUCCUCUCCAUAAGCGAGGUCGAAGCGAGCAUUUUGCUUCUUCACUAUCACUGGAGCGUUAGUAAAGUUCAUGAUGAAUGGUUUGCGGAUGAGGAGAGAGUUCGGAGAACUGUUGGCUUAUUGGAGGGACCUGUUAUUCCAAAACCUGAUGGCGGAGAACUUACAUGUGGAAUAUGCUUUGAAUCCUUUCUUCCUGAAGAAAUUGUAUCGGUUGCUUGUGGUCAUCCUUUCUGCACUACAUGCUGGACUGGUUAUAUCAGCUCAACAAUCAAUGAUGGCCCAGGAUGCUUGAUGCUAAAGUGUCCUGACCCUUCUUGUCCUGCUGCUGUUGGUCAAGAUAUGUUCGAAAAAUUGGCUUCUAAGGAAGACAAGGAGAAGUAUUAUAGAUAUUUUCUUAGGUCUUAUAUUGAAGACAACAGAAAGAUGAAGUGGUGCCCUGCCCCAGGAUGUGAGCAUGCUAUAGAUUUUGCUGCCGGGACUGGCAGUUAUGACGUUUCUUGCUUGUGUUCGUAUAGUUUUUGCUGGAAUUGCACUGAAGAGGCUCACCGUCCUGUGGAUUGUGACACAGUUGCACUAUGGAUACGCAAGAACAGCGCUGAAUCUGAAAAUAUGAAUUGGAUACUUGCCAAUUCAAAGCCUUGUCCGAGGUGUAAGCGGCCAAUUGAAAAGAAUCAUGGCUGCAUGCAUAUGACAUGCACACCGCCUUGUAAAUUUGAAUUUUGUUGGCUUUGCCUUAAUGCAUGGACCGAGCACGGGGAAAGAACUGGUGGUUUUUAUGCCUGCAACCGGUAUGAGGUGGCUAGGAAAGAAGGACUGUAUGAUGAAGCUGAAAAGAGGAGAGAGAUGGCAAAAAAUUCGCUAGAGAGAUACACUCAUUAUUAUGAACGCUGGGCAAGCAAUCAAACGUCGAGGCAAAAAGCUAUGGCGGAUCUGCGGAGACUGCAAUCGGAAAAGCUUGAGAAGCUUAGUGACAUACAGCGCACACCAGAAUCUCAGCUCAAGUUCAUCACAGAUGCGUGGCUUCAGAUCAUUGAAUGCAGACGGGUACUGAAAUGGACAUAUGCAUAUGGGUACUAUCUACCUGAUCACGAGAAGCGACAGUUUUUCGAGUAUUUGCAAGGGGAGGCUGAGUCAGGUCUGGAGAGGCUCCACAAAUGCGUAGAGAAGGAAUUAGAGCCGUUUGAAACUACUGCUGGCACUCCACAAGAAUUCAAUCUUUUCCGGGCAAAAUUAACUGGUUUGACCAGCAUAACGAAAACCUACUUUGAAAAUCUGGUGAAAGCUUUGGAGAAUGGUCUUGCCGAUGUGGAUACGCAAGCGGCUAGCAGCAAAUCAAUCAACUCUAAAUCUAGCAAGCCAAAAGGCGGUGGGAAAGGUAAAGGAAGCUCCAAAAAUGGCGGGUCCAGCAUAAACCCAGAUGAAUAUUGA